CUGGGCAACAUUGGAGAUGAAUUUGUUGAUCAUCGCUGGGCAGCGACUACGAGACAGACUCACAGAAAGACGCAUUCGAUCGACUCUGGAGCUACUGGAACCAGGGUCCUUCGUCCGAGCCCGGGACUCGAAUCCACAGUCUCUAGUCUUGUUGUUCAGUUCAGCCUAGACAAUUGGUCUGCCGCUGCAGCUGAUGCUCAUGUGGCCGAAGUCUCGGAAGAUCCAUCCGGAUGGAGUUACAGUACCCUUUCCCGAGUUCGUGCAAUGUCAACGCGUCAACAAACCUGA